UCCACACAGAGUCCUAAGGGGUGAUCAUUGGGAAUAAUUUUGGAUUUUGAGAGUGAACUUGCAAUGUAAAUUAUAAGUUUGAUGGGUAAGCCAAAUGUUAGCAUGUAGCACUCACUAGUUAUUGUAGUUAGCAAUGAUUUUAUGGAGAUCAUUCAGUGGUGUAUUUUUAUUUUUAUUUUCUUCUCAUUUUUCUUUUCUUUCAGGUUUCAACAGUCCACCCAAGAAAUUCAUCUCCAAACAAAAAAAAAAAAAUCUUCAUUUGAAUCCUUGAAAGGGUCCAUUGUACACACCAGCUAACCCAAUUGACCAAACAAUACAACAAGGCUUGAAACAAGGAAAACUAUAAUGUCAGAUGUAACUCUAGCAGUGGCUCCUCGUCCCGAGCCCAAUGUAACCACCACCACCACCACCACCUCAGACGCAAAACUCGAGCAGAAGCCCCAACAACGCCACCACCAACCGCCACAGGCGGCGAUGGGGGGUGUGAUGGGUUCCCUACGAGUUAUCGAACUCCAACUAGUAGCCUUCAUAAUGGUUUUCUCAGCUAGCGGUCUUGUCCCACUCCUAGACCUAAUCUUCCCAGCCUUUGUCUCCGCUUACCUUAUUGCCCUAUCCCGAUUAGCCUUUCCAGCGCACGGUACCACCACCAUAGGAUCACAGGAAAUCUUCCAAGGAAGUUGGCUUUUCCGGCUAUACGUGGUGGUUGGAACCACCGUGGGGCUAUUCUUGCCACUAGCUUAUGUUUUGGGUGGUUUUGCUAGAGGCGAUGAACAUGCGGUCCGGUCUGCUACGCCUCACUUGUUCUUGCUUGCGUUUCAAAUACUAACGGAGAAUGUAAUUAGUGGGUUGUCACUUUUUUCGUCACCGGUGAGGGCGUUGGUGCCGCUGCUCUAUACUGUGAGGAGGAUCUUUGUCAUCAGUGAUUGGAUUCAAGAUGUGUGGAUCAACAAGGCUUUGCCAGCAAAUGCCCAAUUCAAGGAUAUUGCAUGGUUUUGGUUUGGGAGGGGUCUAGCAGCGGCCAAUCUGGUUUACUUCUCAACCAAUGUUUUCUGUUUCUUGAUUCCUCAAUUCCUUCCAAAGGCCUUUGAAAGGUAUUUCAGAGAGAGGGAUGAGAUUCAAGCCAAAACCUUCGAGGACAAGCGUUCCACCGCUGCAAACAAGUCCCAACCAACCGACAAGAAAGAUGAUUGAAUGAAUCGCUUUUGUUAGUGUUUGACAACGGUAGUUUGUUCGUGGUAGUUUUUGUUGUUUAAACUAAACUUGUUUACGAACAGUUUCAUUUUGCUUGUGACAUUCUUCAUCUUGGUUUUUUACUUUUUUCAAGUUUGAUAUUUUGUAUUAUGUAACAAGAUUAUCAAUCAUUUAAGUGACCAUUU